AUGGAGUAUAAGGUGCGAGAAUUUGAAGUUCUCCAUUUUGAUAGAAAGAACAGAAUGACAGAAUAUUAUUUGAAUGGAAAAAGAUUGCAGCAGGGAGAAAAUGCUAUCUCUGGCGAUGAACGGGAAAAGGAAAACAUACAGGUGCAGCAAGUCAUUAGGAAGAGAAUAAAUCCAGCAGAUUCAAGUUUGCCUUUUGGAAUUACUGAACACAAAGCCUUUAGUUUGCGACAUGAACGUGAUGUGAAAUAUGAAAUUCAAGUACAGGCUUUGGUUGAUGAAGAAUGGCAAGUCUUUAGUACUGGUUACAUAUGCCAGAGAUUUGGCACCACCAAAAAGUCCAGCCAAAGUCAGGUUCUAUUGGUGGCUGGACUGACAAUGCCUGUUUAUGCGACCUUUGCUCUUUUUUUCCCUGUAUCUUUCAAAAGAACAGAAAACAAACUAUCCAGAAAUGGAUCAUGUGGAGGCUAUCUUGAAGCUGUGUAUGGGUCUAUUACAAGUCCCAAUUACCCAUCUUUCUAUGGAGAUAAUGAACAAUGCAUUUGGUAUAUAAGAGGGGACAGUGACCAAAGAAUAAAGCUGAAAUUCACCUAUGUUGAUCUGGAAGUUUCGUCAAACUGCAGAUAUGAUUAUAUUGCAAUAUAUGAUGGACCGUCAACAAAUUCCGUGUUGCUUGCAAAAUUCUGCAGUGGGUCAGAUCAGACAUUUACAUCAACAUCUAACAGUAUGACAGUUUAUUUUAAAACUGAUUCCAGUGUAACUAGACAAGGGUUUUCAGCAAGCUACUACAUUCUGCCAAAUGAUGAUGAAUUGUUGACGUGUUCAUCUGAUUAUAUGGAAGCAAAAAUUAGUAGGUCCUACCUCAACCUUCUGGGUUUCAAUGAACACAGUCUUUAUCUGAAUGAUCGAAAUUGCAGACCAAUAAUAACAGCCAGUGAUGUAAUCUUCAAAAUACCACUUAACAGAUGUGGUACAGAAUGGCAGGAAAACAACAGCAGUAUCAUAUAUUCCAACACCAUCCGAUCUUCACCUUCUGACUCAGUUGUAACUCGUGAAACAAACCUUCAGUUCAAUAUUGGCUGUGAAAUGCAACAAGAUACAAUGUCCAAAAUAAUGUAUGUGACUAAAGAAAACACAACCGGUGACAUCAUAGAUAAUAUCACAGAAUCUGGCAUGUUUAAUGUCAGCAUGAGAUUCUAUGAAUCACCAUCCUUUACCCGGCCAGUGCUAGAAUCACCUUACUACGUGGAUCUCAGGCAGAACCUGUAUGUGCAGGUCGAACUGCACAGUUCAGACCAGUAUCUUGUUGUAUUUGUGGAUGCCUGCACUGCAUCACCUUAUAGCUUUGACUGGACUUCAAAGACCUAUGACCUGAUAAAAAAUGGAUGUGUUAAGGAUGGGACAUAUGGAAAUUAUCCCUCACCAGCUCAUAAUAUUGCGCGAUUCAAGUUCAGUGCCUUUAAAUUCCUCAAUCUUCAUCCUUCAGUCUACCUGCAGUGUAAAGUUGUGGUCUGUAAAGCUUAUGAUUAUUCAUCUCGGUGUUACCGUGGAUGCAUCUAUCGACAAAAAAGGGCCAUAAGUUCCUCAAAGGGGAGCACUGAUGUUCUAAUAGGACCCAUUGAACUGAAAAAAGAUCUAAAACAAUAUAAAGCUGAGGGAUUUGAAGAAGUGAAUGAAGCUGUGGAGACAAAUACCCAAUCCAGUUUUCCAUUUGUUCUAUCUUUGAUAGCUCUGAUUGUAGCUGUUUCAGUUUUGGUUGUCACCGUUCUAAAAUACAGGAAGCAACAAAGGCACUAUGCUCGUGAGCGGCUGUGAGACAAUGUUCUAAGUGUAACAAUUCACUAAAUGGAAUAGUAGAUGGAAUUCUGCUCUGAAAUGAUCCUAUCAACCAAUAACCAUGAUGAUUGAAUUAAAUGUUGGUUCCCAUCCAACUUAUUGUAUGGACAGAAUUCAAGUGCUCAUUAAAUGACUGUCUGCAGGAAUUAAUUUGAUUACUGAAAAUAAAUGAGAACAAUUCACCUAUUGUGACUCAAAAAUUGCUAAUAGAAUGCAAUGAUUGAAUUUAUUUGUUGAAUUGUUACAGUUUUCUUCAAAUUUAUUGCAAAAAAAAUGUUGCCUAAAAUCAAUAGC